UUGGAUUAGAUCAGAAAUUGGCUUUGGCUUUGAAUAGUAAGUAGCUCCGUGCGCGAUCAGGCUCGCCCGCGCUACUGUGCCACCGGGGAAAUACUAAUAGCCAGGCACUUCAGAUUGGAACUUGAUCGGAAGAAAGACAAAGACCGGAAGGUAACAGGUCAAACACAAACUCUAUUCAAGAGUGGAAAUGAUCCCUGACGGAGGAAUCGACGACGAAGAUAAAUGGCUGGCCGCAGGGAUCGCCGGCCUUCAACAGAAUGCCUUCUACAUGCACCGAGCUCUGGACUCAAACAAUCUGAAAGACGCUCUCAAGUAUUCAGCUCAGAUGUUGUCUGAACUUCGGACUUCGCGGUUGUCCCCGCAUAAGUACUACGAAUUAUAUAUGCGAGCAUUUGAUGAAUUGAGGAAGUUGGAGAUGUUUUUCAAGGAGGAGGCUAGGCGUGGUUGCUCCAUCAUUGAUUUAUACGAACUUGUGCAGCACGCAGGCAACAUAUUGCCUAGGCUGUAUCUUCUCUGCACGGUAGGAUCAGUCUAUAUUGAGUCUAAGGAAGCACCUGCGAAGGAUGUACUCAAAGAUCUUGUGGAAAUGUGCCGUGGCAUCCAGCAUCCUGUGCGUGGGCUGUUUUUGAGAAGCUACCUUUCACAAGUCAGUCGAAAUAAGUUGCCAGAUAUUGGUUCCGAGUAUGAAGGGGAUGCUGACACAGUCACAGAUGCAGUUGAUUUUGUAGUCCAGAACUUUACAGAAAUGAACAAGCUUUGGGUGCGGAUGCAGCACCAGGGACCUACUCGAGAUAAGGAAAAGCGUGAGAAAGAACGAAACGAGCUUCGUGACCUUGUUGGGAAGAAUCUGCAUGUUUUAAGUCAGAUAGAGGGUGUUGACCUUGAGAUGUACAAAGAGACAGUGCUGCCCAGAAUUCUGGAGCAGGUUGUAAAUUGUAAAGAUGACAUAGCCCAGUACUAUUUAAUGGACUGCAUAAUCCAAGUCUUUCCUGACGAGUACCACUUGCAGACUCUUGAGAUACUGUUGGGCGCUUGCCCUCAGCUUCAGGCAUCUGUUGACAUCAAGACUGUGCUUUCGCGAUUAAUGGAAAGACUGUCAAAUUAUGCAGCAUCAAGCACAGAAGUCUUACCAGAAUUCUUGCAAGUAGAAGCAUUUAAAAAACUCAGCAGUGCCAUUGGAAAGGUCAUUGAAGCACAGGUUGACAUGCCCAUUGUGGGAGUUGUAACUUUAUAUUCGUCACUUCUUACAUUCUCCUUGCAUGUGCAUCCCGACCGGCUUGAUUAUGUGGACCAAAUACUGGGAGCAUGUGUAAAGAAACUUUCUGGAAAAGGGAAACUUCAAGAUAGCAAGGCAACCAAACAGAUUGUUGCUCUUCUUAGUGCCCCUCUUGAGAAAUAUAAUAGUAUUGAGACUGCACUGAAACUGUCUAACUAUCCUCGUCUCAUGGAACACCUUGAUGACGCAACAAACAAAGUAAUGGCCGGUGUCAUAAUCCAGAGCAUCAUGAAAAAUAAGACUUUUAUUUCUACAUCCGACAAGGUGGAAGCUCUAUUUGAAUUGAUAAAAGGGCUUAUUAAAGAUGCAGCUGGGAAUCUUGAUGAUGAGCUUGAUGAAGAGGAUUUUAACGAGGAGCAGAAUUCAGUUGCUCGUUUGAUCCAAAUGCUUUACAGUGAUGACCCAGAAGAGAUGUUCAAGAUCAUAUGCACUGUGAGAAAACAUCUACAGACUGGAGGGCCAAAACGACUUCCAUUUACUGUCCCCCCUCUCAUUUUUAGCUCUCUUAAGUUAGUCAGACAAUUGCAAGGCAAUGAUGAAAAUGUGUCUGGAGAAGAGGAAGCAACUACGCCCAAGACAAUUUUUCAGCUUUUGAAUGAGAUAAUUGAGGCUCUCUCAAUUGUUCCAGCACCUGAUCUGGCAUUAAGGUUAUACUUGCAGUGUGCUGAGGCUGCAAAUGACUGUGAAUUAGAACCCGUGGCUUAUGAAUUCUUCACCCAAGCAUACAUUCUAUACGAAGAAGAAAUAUCGGAUUCCAGAGCACAGGUGACAGCCUUACAUUUGAUAAUAGGCACUCUACAGAGGAUGCAUGUCUUUGGUGUUGAGAACAGAGAUACACUGACACAUAAGGCCACAGGGUAUUCCGCGAAGCUCUUAAAGAAACCAGAUCAAUGCAGAGCUGUUUACGCAUGCUCUCAUCUCUUCUGGGUGGAUGAUCAGGAUAACCUCAAGGACGGAGAAAGAGUAUUGCUAUGCUUGAAGCGUGCUCUGAGAAUUGCCAAUGCUGUUCAACAAAUGGCUAAUGCGACCCGCGGUAGUAGCGGAUCAGUGGUGCUCUUUAUCGAAAUAUUAAACAAGUAUCUAUACUUCUUUGAGAAGGGUAAUACAGAGAUAACUGUUGGUACUAUUCAAGGGCUGAUAGAGUUGAUCAGAACGGAAAUGCAAAGCGAGAACCUGACACAAGAUGCAGCUGCUGACGCUUUCUUUGCCAGCACUCUUCGUUACAUACAAUUCCAGAAGCAAAAAGGUGGGGCAGUGGGUGAAAAGUAUGAAGCAAUCAAGGUAUGAUGAUGAUUUUCAUGCUAUGGAGGAUUGAUUACUCUUUUUAUAUAAAAGGAAAUAGGGGAUAGAUGACUUUGAAACUGAAACUGAAACUUCUUACUAUACGGGUGAGUGUAGAGAGUGUGAUUUUUGGAUUUGUCAUUAUCAUCGAGCAGCAGAUUAAGAUUGUCAUGUCAUUAGUUAAUCCAUUUUGCUUGUCUGGUAGAGAAGAAGAAGAAGAGGGGUUGGGAUAUGUUGUAUAACUUUCUUUGAUAAUCACAUUUUACUGCUAGACUGCCAAAAAUACACUCUAAGCACGUUGUAUCAUAUACCAUUUCUAACUCUUUUAUUGACACUUAUGUGAAUUCUAAUGCAUGUGUUCUUUGUUGAA